AUGAGAUUUAGCAUCGGAUUUCAAGAGAGAGCCAUGUAUCGAGCUUUCCGCGCCCACUUGGUUGCCUUUGGGGGCAGCGAUGCGCAGGUCGUGCGCGAGCUUUUUCAGCUCCUGGAUGCUGGCGCCGCCUCGGACUGGAGCCACGUCCGGGCGCUGGUACAAGGCCGUCCCAGCCUGGAGUGGGCACGCGACUGGCAGGAGACUCGCAGUGAUGCGCAGCUUCUCUGGGCUCACCCCAAGUCGCACGCCACAGGCGCCCCGGACCAGCAGACGCCGCUUUCAUCCGUCCUCUCUGCCUCCCCGCGGCACCGCCUAGCUGCGAUGCUGCAGAAGCUCCAGGGCAGUAUCGGCCCCAUCACUACGAACGACACGGCCCCCGCCAACACGGACGCACACGACCUCAAAGAGCCGCCGGGUGAUGCAUCCAAUACGAACGACACGACCCCCGCCAACAAGGACGCAGACGACCUCAACGAGCCGCCGGGUGAUGAGUACGAGAGUAUCGACCUUCUCGAGGCGGCUGAUACGGAUGGCAAGAAGGCAAUUGUCAUCCAUCGUUUCGAGGGAAACGGACUUAAGGAGGAUUGGCUAUCCAGCAAGCACAAGGACUUCCUCGACAAGUACAAGGGCGGUCAGUUUGUCAAGUGCCCAGGGUAUGAGGAAGCCCUGGAGUCGGAAGCGGCUCUCAUUGGCAACUUGUUAGCCUCACCAGAAGAGAAGGAGUACAUGCGUAGAGCGGCGACCUAUGAUUCUUGGGCUACUCUGAUUCGGAUGUCGCAACCGCAGCGCCGGCUACACCGCGCUCCCGCUCCACGGCGUCUGCAGCAAGAGAUGACAGUGUCACAGGAACUUGAGCUCCAUCUUGCGGAUUCGCAAGAAGCUGACACCCUCUCCAACAACUGCGUGAACAACAGUGACUUGGAUGCUGAUGAGGACAGACCUUGGUGCGAUGCCUUUCAAACGCCCAGCGGCAUCGAGGACUUCGUCCAGCGGUGUGAGGGCAAAUUGAACACUCUCCAGUCCAUCGCAGACGCUCCUGAAGCCAUCUUCGCCUGUCUCGAUGUAUGCUCUCAAGUAUACUCCAGCCACAGUGGGGAUGGCGGCCAUUUCCGCGCCAUGCAUGCUGCAGCAGUUAUGUACUACUUGGCCUUGAAUGAGUUCCCGGCUGCAGAUAUCCCAAUGAACUUCCUCAUCGGUCAGGAGCUUUCUCCUUCGUCCUUGCAAACAUAUGAUGAGUUCAUUCACGAGAAGAUCUUCCCUCCCAUGCAGAAGAACAACAUAUACGAGGUCGUCAUGGACGGCAAUGCCAAGGUCCACGUCAAGUGUCCCGGCGACGAGCAACAUGCAGGCAAGCCCCGUGCAAAUGGAAAGAAGAAGCCUUAUGGGUACGGAUGGUUCAUGGCUGUUCAUCCGGGCACGCAGCGGAUCUUAGCUGUGUCCUGCCUCAAGAAACCUGAGGGAAAUGAUGUUGUGGACGACGUCCUCACCCGCAUCCUUCCGAAGUACAAGAACAUGAACGGAGUGAUCAUUGAUCGGGUAUGCUCGUUCCUGCCUCGUGCCAAGUCACAGGCAAAGUUCAGGCAGAUCAAACAUUGGUCGGUUGAUUUCUUUCACGCCCACGGGCAUAAUGCUUCCUGUCCAUGCAAUCCACACCACAUCCCUCGUCUCGCCAGACACUUUAAAGGGAUCAACACCUCUGCUGCAGAGCAGGUGUUUGCGUGGUUUAGAAACUAUGCCAGGGUGUUGAAUGAGGCAACUGCCAUGCGGCACUCGUUCAAAGUUCUCUACUUCUGCAAGCUGCACAACACAGCCAUGCAGAAGGAUGGAUCUUCUUAUUUGUCCCAGUAUCCCCACAAGGGCAAGAGGUGGGGCCUCACCGAUCAGGAGUCUAAGAGCGGCGCGGAGGCUUCCCUCCAGAAGGCUGCGCUGAAGUUCCUGGCCUUGCCCCGGUCCUCCCUUGGUGGGCUGACUGCUCGGAAGGUCAAGGAGGCUGGGCCAGAAGGCAACCCGGGAGAGUCUGCUCGAGCUGCCACAGCCGAGUGGAGGCGUGCAGCCGCAGACGCUCAGUUGCUUCGGGUUCAAGGGUUUUUUGGGACUCUUAGCGUUUUAGAGGUUUUUGAGGGGUUUUAG